AUGUUGCCUUUCCGCUCUUCGGCGGCUGUCUGGGAGCUGCUCCAGAGCCCGCUCAGGUUGCCGCUCAGAGCCGCGCUGAGAGGUCCGUUCAGCGGGUGGGCAGCCCCGCAGCCCGCCGGCAGGGAGGGCGGCUUCCGGGGCUUCUGCAGCCCGGUUCAGGGCCACAGCGAUGCGGGCAGCGAGACCUCCGCGGACAAGAGAAGGAAGGCCGGCAUCCUGCCCAGCCUGGAGGACCUGCUCUUCUACACCAUCGCCGAGGGACAGGAGAAGAUCCCUGCGCACAAGUUCACCACGGCUCUUAAAGCCACGGGGCUUCGGACAGGAGACCCUCGGCUCAGAGAAUGCAUGGAGAUGCUGAAGGUGACUGUAAAGACCACCUCAGACGGAGCGCUGGACCGACACCUCUUCAAGAAAUGUGUGCAGAGCAACAUCGUCCUGCUCACCCAGGCCUUCAGGAAGAAGUUUGUCAUCCCGGACUUCCAGUCGUUCUGCGCCCACAUCGAUGAGCUCUACGACAAAGCCAAAAACAUGUCCGGAGGGCAGGUGGCAGACUACAUUCCUCAGCUGGCUCGCUUCAGCCCUGACCUUUGGAGCGUCGCUCUGUGCACCGUCGACGGCCAGCGGCACACGGUGGGAGACACCAAGGUCCCCUUCUGCCUGCAGUCGUGUGUGAAGCCGCUGAAAUACGCCAUCGCCGUCCACGACCACGGCACGGAGUACGUGCACCGCUUCAUCGGCAAAGAGCCCAGCGGCCUGAGGUUCAACAAGCUCUUCCUGAACGAGGAAGAUAAACCCCACAACCCCAUGGUUAACGCUGGAGCCAUUGUCUGCACCUCCCUGAUCAAGCAAGGAGCCAGCAACGCCGAGAAGUUCGACUAUGUGAUGAACUUCAUGAACAAACUUGCAGGAAACGAGUACGUGGGUUUCAGCAACGCCACGUUCCAGUCGGAGCGCGAGUCUGGAGACAGGAACUUUGCCAUCGGCUACUACCUGAAGGAGAAGAAGUGCUUCCCUGAAGGAACCGACAUGACGUCCAUCCUGGACUUCUACUUCCAGCUCUGCUCCAUCGAGGUGACCUGUGAGAGCGCCAGCGUCAUGGCGGCGACGCUGGCCAACGGCGGCUUCUGUCCAAUCACAGGCGAGCGCGUGCUGAGCCCCGAGGCGGUCCGGAACACGCUGAGUCUGAUGCACUCCUGCGGCAUGUACGACUUCUCCGGGCAGUUCGCCUUCCACGUCGGUCUUCCGGCCAAAUCCGGAGUGGCUGGUGGGAUUCUGCUGGUGGUUCCUAACGUGAUGGGCAUCAUGUGCUGGUCUCCUCCUCUGGACAAACUGGGAAACAGCGUGAGAGGAAUCCAGUUCUGCACGGAUCUGGUUUCCCUCUUCAACUUCCACAACUACGACAACCUGAGGCACUUCGCCAAGAAGCAUGACCCUCGGCGGGAAGGCGGAGACCAGAGGGUGAAGUCCGUCAUCAACCUGCUGUUCGCUGCGUACACCGGAGACGUGUCGGCGCUGCGCAGGUUCGCCCUGUCCUCCAUGGACAUGGAGCAGAGGGACUACGACUCCAGGACGGCGCUGCACGUGGCUGCAGCUGAAGGUCACGCUGAGGUGGUCCGCUUCCUGCUGGAGGCCUGUAAGGUCAACCCGGUGCCCAAAGACAGGUGGGGCAACACGCCGAUGGACGAGGCGGUGCACUUCGGCCAUCACGACGUGGUGACCAUCCUGAAAGAUUACCACACCAAGUACAGCCCUCAGGACAGCGCCGCCGAGAAGCAGAGCGCCGAGAAGAACCUGGACGGGAUGCUGUGAGUGACGGAGGCGGCGGUCCUGCAGGAUAAGCCCGACAUCCUUCAGUAUAAAAGCUCCUCAUUUCUCUGUUGCUUUUAUUCUGAAAAUCAAGUAGCAGCAGGAUGUGGGGUCCCACAGUUUAACCGUUCCUCCUCAGAGCCGUGGGCUGUGACCCCUGACCCCGCCCACUGGGUGUUCCUUUCCUCCUGAGGUGUUUGAUGUCAUCUGUGUAAAUAUGUAGUCGUCGGUCUGCAGUCACCUUUUUUCUUUUUCUGGUGUUUUAUUUAAACUUUGUUUUUACUUUUCCUGUUAAACUGAACUGUUCUCGUUCCAAAGUUUCAGUUUUUUCGUUCUUCUCGUUGAACCUGAAGGGGUUAAAGAAGCAGCCAAUCAGAGGCGGCUCUGCCAGGCUGCAUGGACCCGGUUCUGCUUUAUGGGUCAGAAUGAGAAGCUGCAGGUCAGUCAGCUGUUCUCCUAUAGGACGGCUCGGAUCUUUACCAGAACCGGAACAAACGCAGUCCUGCAGCUGGAUUUAUAAACAGCACUGUUUAUAAAUCCAGCUGGAAACAGGCAGGCAGAAGGAAGCUGUUUUUAAAUCACAUAACCAGUUAUUAUCGGAUGCUCCUGAUGAAGCGGAGCAGAACCUUCCCGGCCCGCCAGACUGACCCACGCUGGGAGUCAUCACAGAGUUUACCCAUAAUGCAGCAAUCAAAGAUUGAAAAGCUGUGUAUUUAUAAGCGUUUAAGUGUUCAACAUCUUUAUUUCUAGAUUUAAAAAUAUUGUAAAGUUUUUAAUUUUAAUGUUUGUGUAGCUUUUUACUAUUUAGUUUGAAUGAUUUUAGAUCCUCUUUCUGUGCAGUGUAAAAUUCAAGAUGGCCGCUGAAAUGGAGCAAUCAUUUAAUGACGAGUUUUGUUCUUUUUUUGAGUUUUUAAGGCACUAAAGGUCAGAUUCAAACCCGGGUCGCCUCCGUACAUGUUUAACAUUUUAUCAAAUUGCUUCUAUAAGUUUUCUUUAAAUGUGUUUUUGCAUCCCAUCCGUAUUUAUCCGAUUGGUUCUGAUGCGUUCCUGCUGAGUCCGGUUCCUACCUGCUCCGUUCCGUC